AAUGGAUAUGUAAGUAUGGCUCAGGCGAAUCUCAUAUACCAUUAUUCAUUAUCUAUCCAGGAUAUUACAAAGUUUGAGUUUCCAUUCCAGGAAUUUCUAAGUUUCUUUCCCAGAGAAACUGGUCAGGAGCAACAACCCAACCAUUGUAACUCCGCCACCCUUGAUUGUCAUAUACAAAAUACCAAAUUGAAACUUGAACAUUACAAGGACCUGGAACUAUCAAGUACUGAAGAUGAACAAAGUGCACUUGAAUACAAUGUUCCAUCGCUUCUGCAAAUGCAACAAAAUCUACUGGAUUCUAUCGAUAAAUGGGAAAUUGGAUUUCAAAGUAAUCUAGAAAGCAAUCUGAAUAACACAUCGCCGGAAAAGGCUGCUAUCGAACUAUCGAACAAACAAAAUGGUGUACGAAUUUCCCAAAACAUCAAAACUCUUCGAUCUUCUUGUUCCAGAAUUGAAAAGAAUUUGGAAAAUCAAAAGGUAGUAACAAGCUUGCAGAUCGAGUUACAAGAUCGUAACCGAUGGUGAGAAGAUUCAAUCUUGAUUCCAUUGCGAAAUUGAUUUUUAUAAGUAUUAGCUUUGAAUGUAUAAUUUUGAAAAUAAUAAUAAUAAUACCUUUCCAAACAUUAUAUAUGUAUUAUUACCCUAUCGAUAUUUAUUUUAUCUUUAAAAUUGUACGCUAACUUACUCUUUUUUUAAUAAAACCUAAUAAACUAAUUUAUUUUUUA